AUGGAUUCGGUGCGAGCGAAGCACGCGGCGGAGCUGGAGGCGAAACGCAAGAAGCUGGAAGAGAUUCGCAUGCGCAAAGCGGCUGUUCGGGCUGCAGAGGAGAAUUCAGCAGCGUCUACGAGUGUGGACCAGACCAUCGGACAGCAGGAGAACAAGUUUGACGAUUUUAUCCAGAAUAUUUUGAAAACAUCUGGUGACAAGGAUAGCAAAAUAUCUAGUGCUGACAAGAGCCACGAAGAGGUCCAAGACAAGAGCCAUGCGGUGAAUAACACACUGUCUCUCGCCGAGAAACUGUCGUCACUAUCGACUGUAAGCAACGUGGCCGAGACGCACAUCCAGCCGACGCUCGUGGAGACGUACACGAAGCACACCGAGACCGAUAUUACGCUGGAGCACGAGAUAAUCGUGAAAGAGGAUAAUUUGACGGACAUGGACGUGGACGUAAAUCUUGCAGAUUGUCCAGGUCACGAUAGUGUGGAUGACAUAAAGACAGGAGCGUCUUCGCCUCACAAUCGUAACAGGACGGUGGACACAAGUGAUACGUCAAUGACAAAGUGCUCGACGACCUUCUUGUCCGCAGAUGACAAGAAUAUGGUGAUGCAGUCGGUCAGCAUGGAGACGUUUCUGAACAAAGCGUCGCGGGUGAUUGAGCGUGCAUUGAGCACGUCCAGCAAAUUCGAUAUCAUGGUCGACUACGGAGCGGAUGUAGAGCAGGAUAAAGCAGUGGAGGAGUCGACCGAGUCGCUCAAGCAGCAACACGUCUUUGUGGAUAAUAAGUGGUCCAGAUACCGGGCAGUGACUGACGUCGAUGUGUCACCGUUUUAUCCGGAGCUGACUCUCGUGGCCUACACAGCACGCAAUUUUCUCGAGGAGGAAGGCAAAGACGACGGCACGUCGUCUCAAUGGGAUACAAUGGGCAAAACUGCGACAUCACGGGUACCGACGGAAGUAGCGACGACUACGGAAGGUGUGGUGCUCUUGUGGUCCACGGCACUACCGAGUCGGCCGGAGUACCGGUUUACAUGCCACUCACAGGUCACAAGCGCCUGCUUUAACCCGUUCGAUCGUCACGUCAUCAUUGGAGGCACGUACUCGGGUCAGAUUGUGCUGUGGGACACCCGCGCGAAGAGUGCACCGGUGCAGAAGACGGCCUUGUCGGCGUAUAGCCACACCCACCCGAUCUACGCCAUGGCUGUCGCCGGAACGAAGACGUCGUACUCCCUCAUUUCGGCAAGCACAGAUGGCCGUGUGUGCAUAUGGGACGUCGAUCAUUUGCAAAAGCCACUGGACAUGCUGGACCUGCGAAUCUCGCUCUCGAUCGUGUCCAACUACACGUCUGUAAAUGCUUCCGACAAGAAAAUGGAAGCUUCCGUGACCUCUUCUGCAGUCUUGGGCAAGGAGAUCAAGGAGUUGUUUAUCGGUACGGAGGCAGGUAAACUGUACUCGACCAAAGUGGACCAGCAGAGAAACAAGCCUGGGGCCAGCCACGACAGCAGCAGUAUGGAUACCGUCAUGAAAAGCCGGACCGGCCUUCUCGGUAGCAGCACCAGAGAUUUCGUUCGCGAGGUUAUUGUCGAGGAAGUCUCGAAAGAAGAUUCUCAUUUCGGUCCCGUCACAGCUAUGCAUUUCAACCCACUGCUGUCAACGCACCGUGACAGCCUCUUGCUCACUUGCUCGCUGGAUUCAACAGUCAAGCUGUGGAGUAUCGAGCACCCCGAGUCCCCAGUACUCUCGUUUGAACCUUCGAGCGAAUACAUAAGCGAUGUCCGGUGGUCAUCGGUUCAUCCUGCACUGUUUGCCGUUGCUGACAGUAGUGGUGUCGUCAGUGUCUGGAACAUCCUGAGGGAUGUUGAGAUGCCAGUAGUCUCGGAGAAAGUAAGCCAAAAGUCACUCAACAAGGUCCGAUGGAGUGCUGAUGGCAAAAGCGUGAUCAUCGGUGACGCUGACGGCAAGUCGUACAUUUAUGAAGUACCCUCCGAUAUCGCACUGCCUCAACAGGACGACCUGUCUUUGAUGGAAGACAAGAUCGCAAUUUAUGUUGCGGCAGCGGCGCCGCCUGUGAAGGCAUAA